AUGUCGUUUCUCGGGUCAAUGAACCCCACGGUCUCUUUCCCACCCUCGUCAAGCCAAGUCCCAUCAAACAAGGCCCUCACUCCGCCUGCCUCUCCAAGGCACGGGGUUUUCACAAGCUACAACCCAUCUCUUUCCCCCAAGAAUAACUACAACCCUUACCAGCCUUCUCUCAAAUCUCCAACUCUGCUCCCGUGCUCCAUGCCGGUACCGCUCCACAGUACCGAGAGCUCGGGAGCAGUUACUCCGGUCACGGCGCUAGCUAACGGUACCACGUGCCAAGAACCGUCCGGAGCCGCGGCGUCAACUGUUGCGUCUCCGUCGAACCUUUACGAGAGUCUCCUGAUGAAAGCCUCGAGUAUCAUCUCGGCGAACCGCAGCUUUUCUUCGGACUCCCCACCAGGGUCUCCUAAAUUGGCUCCCAUUUUUCCUUUCUCAUCUUCGCCUCCUAUUAGUUCACCUUCCUCAUCCUCCACUUCACGCAUGAACGCAGCCAUGUCUUCCAGCAACGCCUCCACUUCAUCUCCUUGUCAGAAAAAGAACGACUCUAACAACAAUUCACGGAGUCGGCAGACAAACAGCACGACGACGACUACAAGCACAACCAACUGCACUACCACUAUCACCUGUAGUGGUACCACCUGUAGUCCAGCUGGUAUCCGACCACCUGUAUCCAUCAUAAAUGUCAGUCCAUACAAGUACCAGCUGAGAGCCUAUCUCUACCCUCGUCACAUCACUACUGAGCACGUUGUCUUCAGUCACAGAACGAAAGUUGCGGGACGAUCGCUUUAUUUCUUCAGCCCAGCAACGCGAGGCGGCCUGAGUAAGCCAGUCUUCACGACGCGUGAGACUCUCGCUCACAUGCUCGACCCUGGUGCUGAACUGGAGGAGGCAGACGACCUGGAGUCGACGGGUCGCCUGCUGCAGCUGAGCGCCCCAGCGGCGACAAGUCGCCUGUCGCAGCUGAGCUCCCCGGUGCAUGUGCGACGUCGCCGCAGCGGAGACCUGCUCGCCGGCACCGUCUGCACCAUGAAGCGCGUGCACCUGCACGACCCUGCUUGCGACCUGGGCAUCAGCGUGUGGAGGGGUCGGGGUCCCAGAGAGGGGCUGCCUGCCCCCCACAGCCCCCCCACUCCACUGGGCCCCGCUCUUCUUGUUGAGGCUGUUCAGCAGAGAGAUGGCCAGGCGGUGGCCGCGGCCGUGAGCGGUGACGUGCUCUUCCGCGUACCCGCCCGGCCCGACCUCGAGGCUCGGUCCACUGAGAUCAACGUACGUGACGCAGUGAUCGUGUGUGUGGGUGAGGGCGUGGUGUGGUACCGCGUGCGCAGCUACACGCCUCUCACCAGGAGCUCUGCGUCUCCUCUAGGGGAGCGCAGCCAUGUUCGGGCGCACGACAGCAAUAAACAACUGCUUCGUCGUAUCUGCAUCUAG